GACGAUUGCGCAUUAUCGCAUCCAAACUUUUUGGGGUUAAUGGCGAAUUACUCGUUUUUCUAUGUAAAAACGAAUUUUCAUCUUUAAAAUUAAUCAAACGAUUGCGUUUAUUUACUAACUGGUUGUCUUAUGGCCCCAGCAGAAGAAAACGACAGCGGCAUGGAGUCUCAAGAAGGAUCUCAAUCGGUGGAUGCAGAUAUAGAGAAAGAACCUCCUCAGGACGAUAGCACAGCACCGCGAGAAGCUCCUCCGAAAAAACAACCUGCUAUCGAAGGGUCCGAAGACGACGAAGAGCCCGAGACCCUCUCAGAAAGAUUAUGGGGUUUAACAGAAAUGUUUCCCGAACCAGUGAGAAAUCUUACUCAUGUAACGGUAGUAAACACUAAAUUAGGCAUCUGUAAAGCGUACGGUUUUUCAAGGAGCGCAGCUUGGAUCAUUUUUAGUACUUCGAUUAUAUUGUUUGCGCCUGUUAUUUUUGAAGUUGAGCGAGCUAAUAUGGAAGAGAUGCAGAGAUCUCAACAGAAACAAAUGUUGUUAGGCCCCAGUAGUGCAAUUUCAGGAGGAGUGCCUCCGUUACUGCCUCCUCCUGUUCAGCAGAGAUAAAAAGCCUGAAGUCAGAGUAAAGCAGUUUAGUUUUAGAAUUGAGUGUUUUUUUUUAUCAAAACCCCAGUGUAAACUGUUGUUAUUAUAAAAUUUACACUAUAAACUAUUUGUGUCAUGGGUUUACAUUAAUUUAAUUGUUACCAUUGUAAUUAAUAAAAUUUUCUUUUAAAGUAAUUA